AUGGAGGACUCUAGCAAUUGUGAUAAAGCUUGUGAUGGAGAGACUGGAGGGAUGAUCCUAAAUGAGAUGACUACGGUGCCGAAAUGUGACCUUCAACCCCUCAAUAUCGAUUCGUUUUUUUGCUCUGACUGUGAUGUUACCUCUGUGGUUUCUAUGAAGGAGGAUUGUGGGUCACCUAUGUCAUCACGGGUUUCCGAUCCCGAAACUGACAUCAAAGCUGUCACCAGUUGUCAUGUAAUGCCUGAGGAAUUUCUUCAGGAUGUUGACCUUGAAGGAAACUAUGAAAACCAGUUCGUUGCGGUGGAAAACAAUGACGAUGAUUUUUCUUGGGAGAUGGACAAUAGAAGUUAUGAAGAGUUGCUCAAAAAGUUCAUUGAAAAGGAGGAAGAAUUAAGAGUUUCCAAUUUCAAGUUUCAACUUUCGGAACAAGAGAUUAUAGGGUUGAAAGUUAAGGUUGAGAAGAGUGAGAGUCAGAUUAGUGAUAUGCAUGAAAAGUUGGAGUUAAAAGAGUAUGAGUUGAAUGAACAAAAAGAGCUUUUGAAUAAAGAGAUUUUCAAGUUGAUGACUCAUAUCAAAAAAAGUGAGAGUCAUCUUGAUAAUGUGCUUGAAGAAUUAAUGGUGAAUAAGGGUCAGCUUUUUAUGAUGCAUGAAAAAUUGAAUCUGAAAAAUGUUGAGCUUGAUAAUGUGCAUGGAGAAUUAAACCUGAAAAAUGUCGAGCUCGAUAAUGUGCGCAAAGAAUUGGAGUUGAAAGCGAGUCAGUUUGAUAAUGUCUGCGAAGAAUUGAAGCUGGAAUCAGAUGAGUUGAAUGAACAAAAGAAAAAGGAACUUGAUAAUAAGUCAUCUAUGACUCUUGAGUUGCAAUAUCGGAUUAAAGAGGAAAAGGAAAAUACGGCAAUAUUAAAAAGCAAGUUAGAAAGCUUGGUUAGAAUAAAUGAGGAGAAUGACAUUAACCACCAGGAGGAGUUGAGAAAAUUGAUUUCAACAAUGUUUGAUUUGCAUGUUAAGUCCUUUUGGAAGAAAGAAGAGUUGCAUUCUGAUAUUGCAAGUUUGUCAAAACAAAAAGAACAAUUGACCUCAAAACUAGAGUAUUAUGAGUCUAGAAACAAGGCAUUAGAACAAGGAUAUGAAGCUGAAAAACUGAAACAGAAAAAACUGCAUUCUGCUCAACUAAUGGCCUUGCAUAAUGGAAUCAGUUAUUUGAAGAAAAAACUUGGUGACAGAAUAAAUGAUGUAGAACAAAACAGAACAGUUUGA